AUGUCGAAGAAGAAAGAAAAUUCGGAUAUUCCUGCACGCAUGGAAGGUGAACGCGAAGAUGUUCAAGAAAGACAAACAAUAACAAAAGAUUAUUACUCAUCACGACCAAAAACAUUUGAUACAAUGCUAGGCGGAUAUACACAAGUGCACGAUCCAGAUAUUCAAGAGUCCAGUCAAUUGAUACAAGCGUUAAUGAAACAAUUUAGUGGUAAAUUGGGCUCGUCCUAUUGUCUCGAAUUGGGUUGUGGAAUUGGCCGUGUAACAAAAUCGUUAUUAUCUCGUUAUUUUGAUCACAUUGACAUCAAUGAUUUAUUAGAAGAAUAUUGUCAACAAACACGAGCUUUGUUUGAAGAGAAUGACGAAAAAGACAAAAUCGGUCAAGCAUUCGUUGGUUCAAUUGGUAAUCUGCAAUUGGAGAGUUUUCCAAAAUACGAUGUUAUUUGGGCUCAAUGGGUCUUAGGUUAUCUGAAUGGUGAUGAUCUGGUUCAACUUUUACGAAAACUCAAAUCAACAUUAAAAAAGAAUGGUUUAAUAGUGAUCAAAGACAAUUGUGUUGCCAACGGACACGAACCCGAAUUUGAUCCUGAUGACCAAUAUUACGUUCGAACUGGUGAACAAUUUUAUGAUAUUGCUCAUCGAGCUGGUUUAACUGUGAUCAAAGAUCAACGAUCAAAAUUAAAGCAAAUCGUUCGGGAACUUCUUCCAAUCAGAAUUUUUGUUCUUGCUGUUAAAUAA